ACCGCACAGCUCCCCCCUCGGCUCGGCAGAGAGGAAACUAAAGAUGAACAAGAUCCUGGCUCUGGGUUUGCCAGCCCUGCUCUGCUUAGCAAUGGCUGCAGCUCUCCAGUGCAACGGCUGUUUCAUGAUGCUGCAGGACGGCAGCUGUAUGCUAGGAAAACACACCUGCACAGCAGCUCGGGGGGAAUCCUGCUUUACCCGUAAAAUCACUAUAGCGGGCUUUAUCAAUCGUGUGGAGCGGGGCUGCACGUCCAUCUGCGAGGAUACAGAGAUCACUGAAGACUACUACAAGGACACCACCCAGUGCUGCACAGAUGCGGACUUCUGCAACAUCCACAACCCCUUCCCCAAAUUCUCCGAUUACGCCUAAGGGGAGGCUGGCGUUCAGGGCUGGCAGGGACGCCACAUUCUCCCUUCACGCCACCCUCGGCUCUGGGUUAGUCUCUCAUGCCCCUCGCCUCAUGUAAAACCCAGCAGGACCCAAGACCAUCCCCUGGUGCCAUCCUCAAUCACACGCUCCUGUUGGCUACAAACUAUAUUUAAAUUAGGAAAUGAGCUCUACCCUCUAGCCCCACCCCACUCCCCC